CCUAAACAUUCUUAACCGGCAGACAUCAUGGGAUUCAUUCAGAGAUGGUGAUUAAGAUUUAAGCCUUAGAAAAAGGAACCAAAUUAGCGAGAGAUGGAAGUACAAGCUCAGCUUCAGCAGCAAUGGGUGAUGAGCGCGCAGGCGCAGAUUCAUUAUAACAAUCCUUCAGUAGCAAUGGCAGCCGGAGGAUCUUCACUGCCGUACCAUCAACCAACCACUCUCGAAGAAGUGCGCACCCUUUGGAUUGGAGAUUUGCAGUACUGGGUCGACGAUAACUACCUCAACAAUUGCUUUUCUCAUACUGGAGAGGUUAUUUCAAUAAAGAUAAUACGUAACAAGAUGACUGGUCUCCCAGAAGGCUAUGGAUUUGUAGAGUUUGUCUCGCAUGCUGCAGCUGAAAGAGUUUUGCAGGCUUACAAUGGAACACAAAUGCCUGGAACUGAGCAAAACUUCAGGUUAAAUUGGGCAUCCUUCGGGAUUGGAGAAAGACGGCCUGAUGCUCCUGAUCACUCUAUAUUUGUGGGAGAUUUGGCACCUGAUGUUACAGAUUAUACCUUGCAAGAGACGUUUCGAGUUCAAUAUCCUUCUGUUCGAGGUGCUAAGGUUGUCAUAGAUACAAAUACUGGACGAUCAAAAGGAUAUGGGUUUGUUAAAUUUGCAGAUGAGGCAGAAAAAAACCGUGCAAUGGGUGAGAUGAAUGGCGUCUAUUGUUCAACUCGGCCUAUGCGUAUUAGUGCAGCAACUCCAAAGAAAACUAUUGGGGUUCAACAGCAAUAUACAGCACCAAGGGCUGUUUACCCUUCUGCAGCUUACACACCAACUAUACAGACUGUUCCAGCCGAUAAUGACGCCAACAGCACCACGGUUUUCAUUGGUAAUCUGGACGUCAACAUCACAGAGGAGGAACUGAAGCAAUUCUUUUUGCAGUUUGGAGAAAUAGUUUCCAUUCAAAUUCCACCUACUAGAGGCUGUGGAUUUGUGCAAUUCACAACAAGGAUGUUUGCUGAAGAGGCCAUACAAAAGAUGCAGGGAGCAACAAUUGGUCAACAAGCUGUCCAUCUCUCUUGGGGCAAGAGCCCAAUUGCUAAACAGGAUGCUACGAGUGGCUGGGGUUUGCAAGCUGAUCCAAAUCAAUGGAGUAGUGCCUAUUACGGUUAUGGACAAGGUUAUGAUCCAUAUGCUUAUGGCAUGUCUCAGGAUCCCUCAUAUGCCAAUCCUAUGUAUUCUGGAUACUCACAUUACCCGCAACAGGUAGAAGGUUCUCAAGAAAUGGCUGUUUUGGCUGGUGCCAUCCCAGCAAUGGAACAGAAAGACGAAUAUGACCCUUUGUCUACACCUGAUGUUAACAAGCUAAAUGCUUCAUAUCUUGCUGUCCAUGGAAGUACAAUUUUAGGCCGGCCCUUGUGGGUUAGGACUUCAUCAAUGCCCCUGCAAUCUUAAGUCAUGUAAGAACUUUGCAGCCUUGAUCGGGACUGAGUUAAAGAGAUAGAACACAAGCGCUAUUGCAUAGACAUUUUAUUUCACCCGACUUACUUUACAAAAUGGGGAUUUUUCCAUCUUUUCUGCUUCUCGCGGUGUAUGACUAAAUUAGAAAGAAAAGAAAGUAGUUCAUUAUAUGGUCUAAAACUAUAGAAGUAGUUUUCUGGUGGUUA